UGCAAUGAAACGAAUAUGGAGGCUCUCCGACGCGGCGACUGGGCCGAUCCUCAGCCGCCGCCACCUCCGUUUCUCCCCUAAACCCGAAACCGUAACCACCCCUUACACCUACACUCUCACCAACUCCCCCAUUUUCAGAAUCACUCGCGACGCCAUCGACAACCCCCCUCCUCCUCCUCCGCCGCCGCCACAGUCCUUCUCCGGCGCCAUCACACUCUUCACCGAAAAGCCCUCCUUUCUAAAUAUCAAAGCAGCCCGGGAGGAUCCGUCCCCCAAGCUCCACCACCUGGCGGAGCAGCUCCUCCAGACCGGCCGCGAUUCCGAGAAGAUUGCUAGGGUUCUGGAGGACAAGGGCACUUCUGAGUUUCUCCGGAGCUUUAACUUUGAUCGUGUCAAUCCUUUUCUGGUGCUUGCUUAUCAGUUGCGUUGCUGGCCUCAUUUGGCUCUCGAGGUUUUUAACUGGAGAAGAAACCAGGCGGUUGGUGGCAAUCCUAUGAAACCAGAGGAGUAUACCAAGGCAAUUACAUUUGCAGGUAAAAUUAAGAACGUUGAACUCGCCCGCGAGUUAUUUGAUGAAGCUGUGAACAAGCGACUCAAGACAACUACUAUGUAUAAUGCUUUGAUGAGUGCUUAUAUGUUCAAUGGCGAGAAUGCUAAAUGUCAGUCUUUGUUUCUGGACCUCAAGAGGGAACAGGAUUGCAGACCUAACAUUGUGUCAUACAACAUUCUCAUUUCCGUCUUUGGUCGAUUGAUGCUAGUUGAUCAUAUGGAGGCAACUGUUCAGGGGUUAAUGGAAAUAAAUCUCUCUCCUAAUCUAAAGACAUACAAUAAUGUAAUUGCUGCAUACGUUACAUCUUGGAUGUGGGAUAGGAUGGAAACUACUUUCCAAGAGAUGAAGGCAGGCCCUGUUCAGCCUGAUACUAGCACCUACUUGCUAAUGCUUAGAGGAUAUGCUCAUUCAGGUAAUUUAGAAAAGAUGGAGGAGAUGUACGAGUUGGUAAAAGAUCAUGUAAAUGACAAGGAAAUCGAAUUGAUUAGAGUUAUGAUUUGUGCAUAUUGCAAGAGUUCUGGUAAAGACAGAGUGGAAAAAAUACACACACUACUAAACCUCAUUCCAGAAGAUCAAUACAGGGCUUGGUUGCAUGUUUUGCUGAUCAGGGUUUAUGCUCAGGAAGAUUGUUUUGAGGUGAUGGAGAGGUCAAUAGAUGAAGCAUUUGAGCGGAAAACCUCCAUACAUACUGCCGGUGUGAUGCGAUCUAUAAUUGCAAGUUAUUUCAGAUGCAAAGAGGUGGACAGACUAGCACAUUUUGUAAAGCGUGCAGAAAGUGCUAGGUGGAGAAUUUGUAGGUCCUUAUAUCACUGUAAGAUGGUCAUGUAUGCCUCAGAACAGCGGUUAGAAGAAAUGGAGAAUGUUAUUAGUGAAAUGGCGUGUUUCAACUUGGACCGCACUAAGAAAACACUUUGGAUAUUGUAUCAGGCCUACUUUAAUUGUGGUGAAAGAAAUAAGGUCGCAAAAGUAUUAGGGUUGAUGUGGAAGCAUGGUUAUGAAGUUCCAUUGGAGCUAAUGCCAUCAUGAUUCUUUCUUUCACUUUAGUAGAACAUAUUGGAUGCCAGAAGUUGCAUAAAGGUUCAAUCCAAUAGCAACAGGAGUUCAACAUGUUUCUCAGAAUCUAUACAUAGCUGAUGGAUCAUGGCUGUCAAAACGCUGAAUGCUUAUUGAAAUCCAAAUAAUUCCACCAAAUCGUCGAAGUGUUCCACCAAUUUAUGAUUGAAUCUCCUAAUCUUUUAACAAAUUAGAUUUUCAAAGAAAUAGACCUUGCCAUGUUUGAGGGACUGUGGUCUGUGGAUGCAACAAAUGACAUCUAAGACGAGAUAAAAGAAAAUCUACUAGUGUGGGUUUUUACUAUUUAGCCUAGAAAGAAAGAGGGAAAGCGGAAGAAACAAAGAUCGAUCGAUUGUGAGAUUAAAUAUGAAACGGUGAACAGUUUUUUCUCAUGCGGGGGAUUUUCAAUCUUGGUUACAGUGAAGGCAUUGAAGUUGAUUUGAUUUUCAUGCUGAUUUUAGGUUACAAAAGGUAAGUUUGGAGCAAGUUGAAAGUGUGAAUAUAAUUGUUGAGGUUAUU